AUGAAGAGCCAGUUCCAGAAGAAAGGUUCAAGCAACUCUGGAGGUUCAAAAUCUUCAUCGAAACCUUCUAAAGAAUACACCUAUUUCAAGUGCAAAAAGCCUGGACAUUUCAUUUCGGAUUGCCCUUUCUGGGAAGUCGAAAUCCAUGCAAGUGCAAGAUAUGAUUCAGGCAAAAGCAAGAGCAAGAACUACGACUCCGACGAUGAGAAGAAAACGAAGAAGUUCUUUAAGAAGGACAACUCCACAUCAAAAUCUUCGUUGAGAUCUUCCUCUAGGAAUCCUUCCAAGUCCUCCUCCAACCGUAAGAAUAACUCUAGCAAGGCCAAGGCAUACAACGACAAGGAGAUGGAUUCUGAUGAAGAAGAAUCAUCUGACCCCGAAGAAGCUAAUGAAUCCGAUGAGGAUUUCGACUCCGGCAUGGCUGGCAUAGCAUGUGCCUCUUCUCUUGCAACAAACUUCUUCGGGAAUCCGUCAAGCGACGAUGAAUCUCCUGCCUACUGCUUCAGGGCCAAAGCCUCAAAAGAAAAUGUAUCCUCCAAACAUCACAAGGUUCACUCCAGUGAUCAAUAUUCUUCUAAUGAGGAUGACCAUCCUAAGUUGAUCAAAAUUGCUAAUAUUCAACAAAAAUCUCUUGAGAAAAUUGAGAAAACCCCGAGGAAGUCUGAAGGAUUGUUGGUUGAGGAGUGGAGAAAAAUCAGUCGUUGA